ACAGCGGCGGGGGGAAAAAAAGCUGCCGAGUGCGCGAGAUACCGAGUGCUCGCACAUCCGCGGGCAAAAGAGAAGUUUUUGGGGAGAGAGAGAGAAAAAAGAGAGAAAGUUUGUGUGUGUCUGUCUGUCGAGCGCGCACGGCCACGCACGUGCCACCGAGAUUUAUGCGAGAGAUCCCGCGCGAGAUCAACCUGGAUGCAUUAACGCAAGGGCUAAGGUACAGCAUAUCAGGACUCAUGAACCUCGCAACCAACCAGACGUCCGACACGACGUCCGACGCGCAAAGCAACGGUCCCUAUUUCGUCAACUUCAAUCAAGACUGCACGUCCUUGGCAGUGGGAUCGAAGUCGGGAUAUAAACUUUAUUCAAUUAGCUCCACUGGACACCUUGAGAAGAUCUAUGAAAAUGAUGAUACAGACUUCGAGGAUAUAUGCAUCGUUGAGCGACUCUUCAGCAGCAGUUUGGUGGCGAUUGUUAGCCUUAAGUCGCCCCGCACGCUAACGGUGUGUCACUUUAGAAAAGGCACCGAGAUAUGUAACUACAGUUACUCGAACACAAUUUUGGCUGUGAAACUCAACAGAGCGAGAUUGGUUGUAUGUCUGGAAGAAUCUCUAUACAUUCACAAUAUACGAGAUAUGAGAGUGUUGCACACAAUUCGCGACACUCCACCUAAUCUUACAGGCCUUUGCACACUUUCUCCAAAUAGCGACAAUUGUUAUGUGGCUUAUCCAGGAUCGAAUACAAUUGGGGAAGUACAGAUAUUUGACGCGAACCAUCUUCAAGCGAAAACAAUGAUACCUGCACAUGAUAGUCCACUAGCAGCGAUUGCUUUCAGCUCGACCGGCACGAAGGUGGCGACUGCCUCUGAAAAGGGCACUGUGAUUCGAGUCUUUGACGUCCAUGAGGGUACAAAGUUAUUCGAAUUUCGACGCGGAGUAAAAAGAUGCGUCACGAUAAAUAGUCUGUCUUUCAGCAUGGACUCCAUGUGGCUCUGUUGCUCUAGCAAUACAGAGACUGUGCACAUAUUCAAGCUGGAGGAACCAAAGGAAACGCCAAACAAGCAAACUGCGGAGGAAGCACAAAGCUGGAUGGGAUAUUUGACGAAGGCUGUGACAGCGUCGGCUACAUACUUGCCGUCGCAAGUAACUGACGUUUUUACUCAAGGACGUGCUUUUGCUAGCGUCCAUCUACCGUUUCAAGGUUUAAAGAAUGUCUGUGCCAUCACUGUAACACAUAAAGUACCAAAACUGUUAGUAGCUAGUGCCGACGGUUACUUAUACGUUUACUCCGUCGAUCCGACAGAAAGUGGAUGUUGCACUCUUCUAAAACAGCACAGAUUAGACGAUAAGGAACGAGACGAAUCAGAUUGCGGCGGUUCUGGUUCGGGAGCAGCAGCUACAGCGAAUAACACAAAUACAGCCUGCAUAAAUAGCUACGCGGGUGUGUUGCGUGGCCGCUCGCCAGACUCCAUGUCAGGUACUGGUAUGUCCUCUAUUCUGUCCCUCGAAUUUUUUCUCGCUCUCAUUCUCCGUACACACGAGACACCUAAUUUUCCUUUAGAGCUUUUUUUCUCUCUUUCUGUGUGUAUGUGUGCCUCACUACUAGCGUUUCGUGCGCAUUUAAUCUGUACGUACACGCAGCGAAAGGAAGAAUGAGAGCCGCGCUGAAGUAACAAGUGUGCCUUUUCACGUGACGUACAUCCGCAUUAAUACGAGUAGUUUUAUAUUAUUAUAUCUCGCAAACAAAUAGUACAAAUCUAUUACGCUUAUUAACUGCAGAUUGGACAAAUUCUUAAGAACGACGUAUACAUAAAUAAAACACCUGUGCACACGGGACAUGCAUGUAGGCACUAGUCUGUACUCUCGGGAUAAAUCACUCAGCACGUAUGCAAGUUGUCUUUCUAGUCAGCAGAUAUAAUAAUAUCCAACAUCAUUGCAUCCUGUUACGAAAUAUCUUGAGAACAUCCUACAAGCGGUAGUCUAUCCUUAGAAGACUACCUAAAUAUCUAUUUACUAUAACAAUGUUAACAAUUGUACAUAAUAAUUACUAAUAUGAUUACUAAGGCUGUUAACGUAAAUAGUUGGUAUGUGAUAUUAAUGUUAAAUUAUACAUAUAUAUAUUAUGUGGCAGGUAAUAGUGCAUAUUUUUUUAGAACAACUGUAUUACUAAUCAUUAAGAGUAUGUAUGUGUGUGUAUAUAUAUAUAUAUAUAUAUAUAUAUAUAUAUAUAUUAGCGUACUCUGUUUAGUUAACGGUAUUGUUCCUAAAUAUUUCAAUAUAAUAAGAACAUAGAAUUGUAAGGAAAAAAAGAUCCAAUAUUUUUUUUUUGGUCUUCCAUAUUUUGAAAUUGAAAACAGGCUGUAAAAAACACAUAAUGCUGAUAAGUUGCAUUUAAAAAAAUGUUAAACAACUCGAAAAUAGAAUUGUAGAAAACGAAAGUCGUGUCACUUGAAUCUGUCUGGUCUUGUAAAUAUUGCUUCGUAUUUUCUUCGCCAUUCUAGUAACGUAUUUAUUGUUGAAUAAGUAAGAAAACACUCACAUCGUCGCGAAUACGCAGAAUAUCUUUUAUAAAAGACAAAUGGUAUUCACAUAUACGAAUGUUUUUAGAAUAAUUUUUAUUUAAUUGAUAUAAUCGUAUAUGUAAUUGGUCAGUUUUUUUUUAUUAAUUUUCAAAUCGCGUUUUAUAUCUUAUAUUAUACACUAGUGUAUGUAUUAGAAAAUUAAAUGCCUGUGUGAGAUUAAUAUUAGUGAUUUUCUUCUUAGAGAAGACCAUAACUUCAUAUUCAUUAACGAAUUCAUUAGUAAAUGUAUUUCACGGCAAUGUGAUGUAGACAAUGGUCAAUGAGAUAUUUAAUAUUUGCAUUCAGAUAGAAACAUAUUUCUGCGCGUUUUUCGAAAAACUCGUCAAGAAACGUUUGUAUUGUCUAAUUCCAAAAUUGUAAAUCUUAGAAAUCAAAUUUCCAUUAAGAAUGAUCCAGAUUAGUCGGGAACAUAUCUGAAUGCAUAAAAUAUAUCAUGUAUCAUUGAACGCUGAUCGUCUGUAUACAUCUUUAUCGUUAUAUCCGCUCGAGAUAAUGCGAUCGAGAUGGAAACUUGAUAAUCUGUGAUAUAAAUGGAUUUGUAGAGUCAGAGAAGUAUCAGGAGAUGAUAGCGGCGACGGAAAGCCCACCGAAAGGCGGCGGCCCGUUUCGUCUGGACGACGAUACCGAGUUCCCACCUGUCACGCAAAGGACAGACUGAGCGUAACACAUACACACAAUUAAGGCAUAUCAAAAGAGCUCAAGCUGCAAAUGGAAAUAAGAAAAGCCGUGCAAGAGCAACGAAAGGGCAUAGGGGGCACAGAGUGCAGAGGACGUCCAGUAUUUACAGACGGCCGUAUAUCCAGUACUCCGAGUUCAAUAUAGAACCAAAAAGAAAAAAAUCAUCUGUAGGAUAAAUGCCCAAUUAUUGACAAUGUCCCAAAUACUAGAAAUCCGAUCUUAAAUACAUUUUUUAAAAUUAAAAUAAGGUUUUAAUGAAAUGUUAUAAAUAAUAAACUCUAUAAAAGAAUUUAAACAAAAUUAAAUUCAAUUAUGUAAUAAUAUAAUUUAUAUAUUCAAAAAAGUAUUUAUACAUAUAUACAUAAGAAUUUCCAAUAUUUAGGGCACUGUCAGUAAUCGGGUUAUUUAUUUUAGGUGAUAUUAUCGAGAUUGUUACGUAUCUCAUACGCAUUUAAGAUCCAAAUGCAAUAUGCGCACUAAUUAUUAGGGAGACCGGUUUUUUAUAUGAUAAUCUAUGCGUACAAUAGAAAGAAAGAGCAAGGGGGAGGGAUGAAAGUACCUCUGGAUAACACUCUCGGUAUUACUGAACUGUCGGAUUUUUAAGCGGAAUUUUUUUUUUUACCUUUAGUUAGAGACAUUGCAUUUGCAAGAGGAAUGCAAUGUCGCGCGGAGAAUAUAGUAAUCCAAUGAUGACGAUUCUGACGAAGCGUUUACCACAGGAAUUGUGCAAUGAGUUAUUUCUUAUGAGCUGUGUACACUGCACACAAAAUGUAUCAUAACAGCGUGAAAUAUUGUACUUCUACAUUCUGAUACUUCUUUAUAUAGAAGUAUCUUAUAUAGAAAAAAACGUGCGUUUUUGUAGCCUAAGAAUACUCCAAUAUUGGAAAUUAUGGACCAAUGUAAUAUUAUUUUAUUUCAAUUGAUGUCUGCGCUAUUCUGAAUCUAUUCAGAAAUAUUCGGAAAUAUUCUGAGCUUUUCAGAAGAGCGACAACUAUUAUUUGUCUUUUCAUAUACACAAAAUAUUUUACCAAAAAAUUUCAAUUUUAGGUGCAUACAGAAGAAAAAAUGAUAACAAGGAUACACAAUGCUUGGUUGCUUGAUGAAACCGAAUAUGAACCUAAUACAGUUAUAAAUUUUUAAUGAAAUUGAACUCAUCAAAAUUCUGACUUAUCUAGAAAUAAUGUUUUAAAUAAAUUUGCAUCGUUUAUGUCAAGUAAUCAAUUUAUAUUUAAAAUCAAAAUAUUUUUGUUUAAAUAAAAAAUCGUUUAUAUUUGUUCAAAAAUCAUGUUUGUAUAAAUUAUACCUAAGAGUCGAUAUAAAAAAAAAUUGGAUUUCUGCUCCUUAUCCCAUCAUACGAAAACCCCCAUCAUACCAAACAUACACAACAUGACACAUCUAUUUCGUUAUACGUUCCAUUGGAUUGCUAUAUCUUUUUACGAUGAAAUCUUUGUCCUCUAUUUUCGACAAAGAAAGCUCAUCUUUUUGCGGGUGAAAAUGUAAAGACAUAUAAAUAUGUGUGGUAAAUUUUGUCAAACGGUGAGCUUCAGCUGUAAUUCUUGUAUAAAAUGUAAGAUCUUUCGACAUGUGUUAGCUUCUUGUAAAGGAAUGUAAAACGUGAUCAGGUUGUAUAAUUUUGCUAAAAAAUAAUAUCAAUUUUGUAAUGAUAUGAUACUUUGUUGGCAUUUAGAGUUUAAAAAAAUAUUUCAGUCUUUAUGGUAAUUAUGGGACAAUGAAAUAACGACGAAUGACAGCAGAGCAAAGUUAGAAGAUUUAAAAAACGCGGAAAAGAAAUUUAAUUCAUCUUUCUUAAAAUCUGAAAUCAUUAUAUCACUAGACCACAUUAUAUCACGAAUCGACAGAAUAAUUUUUUAAACUAUACGAGUACUGAAUUCUAAUUUAAUGAAAGAUUUGUAUCUGUUGUUAUCGGACAUCACCCCAUGCUGUAUAUCUUAAAUGCUUUAUAUCAGACGGAUGUAUAAUAUGUAAUCGUAUCGAAUGUGCAAUAAGUCUUUUUGAGCGCUUCUUCGAGUCGAUUGAAAAUUGUCAUGACAAUGUAAUUUGUAUAAAUAGCUAAUUAACUGUAGGAGUACAGAGAAUCUUCGAUACAUUUGCGUUUUCGUUAAGUAUACUUCGUUAAGUAAUUCAGCUUGAUUGUGAAUAUAAAAUCUUUCCAUUGAUCGGUGCCAAUUUAUUAAAAUAGAAAGACGACGCUGGCGCUGGCGAGAAUGUUUUUGUGUUGUAUGAUUAAGUGAAGCACAGCUACGUUUCGUUUUUCUUAUGAUUCUCCGUAGCGUAUUAUGUAAUUUAAUGGAUCUUAUAUAAUUAUAUAUAUAUAUAUAUAUAUAUAUAUAUAUAUAUAUAUAUAUAUAUAUGUAUGUAUGUAUAUCUUCGUUUAAAAUAGGAAGUUUCUUUUUUGUGUGAACUGUGAGGCAUUCGGCGCGAUCGCGAGUAAGUCAGUAUCGUAGAUCCAUGUGUCAUGUCAUUACGACGAUUUUAUACUAACGAGUUUUAUUUGGUAAAUAGUCCUACUUUUAUAAAGAUAAAUAAAAGCGUUAUAAAAUAACCAAUGUACAUAUGAACGUGCUAAGGCUUAAGCUUUGAACGUCAUUGCGUAUGAGGUUUUGUUAUUAACACACGUGAUUGUGCUGGUCUGCAAAUGAAAAAUA